CAACAAAUUCUAUCUGUUUAAAUCGACUUUAAAAUCGAUUUCUUCGAUAUAGUUGGCCAAAUAAUCAAGAGUUUACUUCAGGUUCGGAUUUCGCACGUUUAAGCCACUACAUCAAUUGGAUAUGUUUUUACGAGAUUGGGCUAGUAAAUGUAGUUCGACGAUGUGAGGGAGUGAGAGAGAAACCGGUGUGUGCUAAAGCUGAAGCUUACUGGGUGUCGUGCGCUAUCGCCGCUGCAGCUCUGAAAAAUCAAACAUUAUAGCUCUCGUUGCUUUCGUCUGGUAUAUAAUUUCGAGCUUAGUGAACACUUCGUACGAAAAUAGUUGUAAAAUUCGGUGAUUAGCGUUUAUUGUACAAAAUGGGCAAGGCGAAGAAGGGCAAACGAACUGACAAGGACGACGAUUUUGACAGCGAUAUUCAAGUAGAAGAUGCUGUUAGCGAAGAACCCAUUAAGUCUAAAAAAUCAAAAGAUAAGAAGAAAAAAGGAGAUGACAUUGAUGAGUUAUCUGAAGAUCUCAAAGGUCUUAAAGUAGAAAAAUCAAAAGCUUCUAAAAAGGAUAAGAAACUGAAAAAGCAAGUAGAUGUUUCUGAUGAUGAUUUACCUUCGUAUAAAGGAAAAGGAAAAGCCAAUUCUGAAUCAGAUACUGAUAUUGAUAUGUCUAAUAGCAAACAAAAAAAUCGUAAAAACCUAUCUGCCAAAAAAGGUUUUGCAGCUUUAUCUGUUGAAUCUAACGAUGAUUUAUCAGAUAUUGAAAAAUCAAAAUCAAAAACGAAAAUGAAAAAAGGAAAUAAAGAUGUAGAUAUAGAUUCUAAUAAUGAGGAUGAAGGGAAAGUAUUGAAAAGUAAAAACAAAAGGAAAAGUAAAAAACAAGUAGAUUUAGAUGAUUCUGACAAUGAAACAAGGAAAUCCAAGGCAAUGACAAAAAAAGGGAAAAAGCCUGUUGAUUCUGAUGCAAGUGAUGAAGAUGAAUCAAAAGUGAAGAAUAAAAAUAAAUCUAACGCAAAGAAAAAUAAAAAGAAAGAUUCCGAUAAUGAGUCAGAUGAUGAUGUUCCCAAAUCAAAAGGAAAAACGAAAGAUAAGAAAGGACGAAAAGCUUCUGAUUCAGAAGAUGAUUUCAAAAUUCUUCCAUCAAAGAUAACCAAGAAUGCCUCGUCAAAAGUUCCAAAAGCUAGUUUUGCCUUAUUAAAUAUGGAUGACGAUGUGAACGAGGAUCUUGCAGUAUCACCUUCUGUCUCAGAUGAUGAGUCAACUAAAAGGGAAAGCGUAGAACGUAGCAAACCAUCAAAACAACAAAAACCCGAACUACAUGAAUCACAAAAAGAAUCUAAAAAAACUAAGAAAGCAAAGAAAAAACGUAAUGAUAGUGACGAAGAUAUAGAUAAAGUUCUUGCUGAAUUAGAAAUGGAAUAUUCAGGACAAAAAAAACCAGUAAAAGAAGAAUUAAAUGAUGAAAAAAGGGAAGUAGAAGAUAAAACCUUAAAUCAAAAAAAGCUGAAAGAAACAGAGAAGGAAAAAGAUAAAGGAGAUGCAAUAGACAUUGAAGAUGGAGGUACUGUAAAAACAGCAGCACAAAAGAAAAAGGAGAAAAAAGAAAGAGAAAAACAGAAAAAGCUUGCUCAGAAAAAAGCUGAAUCCAUGAAGAAACCUGAUGUUGGUGACACCCUUAAGGAUGCUGGUGUUGGUGAAAAGCAAUCCGAACAGUCCGUAGAAACUAAAAAAGAUGCUAGUGAUGCAGAAGCAGAAGAAGAAGAAGGUAAAAAAAAGAAAAAGAAAGGUGUGAAAGAAGAUCCAAAAGAAAAAGGGAAAGGUCCAGGGAAAAAAUUAAUUGCUGCAAUGCAAGAAGCUUUGAAGAAAGCGAAGGAAGAAGAAGAAAGAUUAAAACGUGAAGAAGAAGAGAGAAUACGAUUGGAAGACGAAAGAGAGAAGGCGCGUUUAGAAAAACUUCAAAAAGAACAAGAAAGAAAGGAAAAGAAGAAGCUAAAAGAAAAACAGAGAAAAGAAAAAUUAAAAGCCGAAGGCAAACUUUUAACUAAUAAACAAAAACAAGCUCAAGCUAGGGCACAAGCUAUGCUUGAAGCACUAAAAGCUCAAGGAUUGGAAAUGCCAGAAGCUGGUGAAAAGAAACCAAGACCUGGAACAAGAAUAAGGCCAAGUAAAUUAAAACAACAAAUAAGUACGGAAGCAAAAGAAGAAAUAAAAAAAUCUGAUGAAGUUAAGGCUGAACAAGUACAAGUAGAAAUAGUUGAUAAGCAAGAAAAAGUAGAAAUAAAGAAAGAGGAAGAAGAGGAGGAAGCUGUUAAAGAUGUUUGGGAUGCUGAAAGUAGUGAAGAGGAAGCAGAAGAUAAAUCCGAUAAAGUAACGAAGAAGUCGCCAAGUAAGGAGCUUUCAAAAGAUUCGAAAGUUGUGGAAAAGGAGUCGACACCCGAAGAUAAUGAGGUAUCCUCAGAAUCAUCAGAUUCGGAGAGCGAAGGAUCGGAUUCUGGCUCGGAUGAAGAAAGUGAGGAAGAAAGUGAAGUGGAAGAUAAAACGACUGAUGCUGAACGAAAAAGAAGGAAAGUGCGAGAAAGGAUACAAAAUCGUCGAAUUGAAGCAGAAAAGAAGCGAACUUUGGAUAAUUUGCGAGCUGCUGUGGUAUGUGUAUUGGGUCACGUAGAUACGGGAAAAACAAAAAUUCUCGAUAAGCUGAGGCGAACGAAUGUGCAAGACGGUGAGGCUGGUGGAAUCACACAGCAAAUCGGUGCAACGAACGUUCCAAUUCAUGCCAUUCAAGAAUCAACGAAACAUGUUAAAGGAUUUGAAAGUAAAGUCUUCAAAAUUCCUGGACUGUUGAUUAUCGAUACACCCGGUCACGAGUCAUUUAGUAAUUUAAGGAAUCGAGGGUCAUCUCUCUGUGACAUUGCAAUUUUAGUAGUGGAUAUUAUGCAUGGAUUGGAGCCUCAAACAAUUGAAAGUAUCAAUCUGUUGAAAGCGAAAAAAUGUCCAUUUAUCGUCGCACUAAAUAAAAUCGAUAGGUUAUACGAUUGGCAAACCAUGAGUCGUAGAGAUGUACAGGAUAUUAUAAAAAGUCAAGCUAUUGGCACUCAACGGGAAUUUGAAAAACGGUAUAAGGAAGUGAUUGUUCAAUUUGCAGAACAAAGUCUUAAUGCUGCUAUAUUUUAUGAAAAUCCCGAUCCCCGAAGUUAUGUAUCCUUGGUUCCAACAAGUGCCAUAACAGGUGAAGGUAUGGGGAAUUUGUUGGCAUUGAUUGUUGAUGCCUGUCAGGGACCUCUGGCCAAACGACUUAUGUUCAGCGAGGAAUUAGAAGCUACUGUGCUAGAAGUUAAAGCCCUUCCUGGACUUGGUACGACGAUAGAUUGUAUUCUACUUAACGGGAUCCUUCGAGAAGGUGACACAAUGAUUGUGGCGGGUACAGAUGGACCGAUCGUUACACAAAUCAGAUCACUUCUUAUGCCACAGCCAUUAAAAGAACUUAGAGUUAAGAGUGCGUAUGUAGAACAUCGUGUAGUAAAAGCAGCUCAGGGAGUGAAAAUUGCUGCAAAGAUUUUGGAAAAAGCUAUAGCAGGAUUAAAGCUUGUAGUAGCUCAGAAGCCAGAUGAGGUCGAGAUUCUGAAAGAGGAGAUUGAUAAGGAAUUAACUCAUGCCUUAAGUAAAUUGAAGCUCGUGGAUCGAGGUGUCUUUGUGCAGGCAUCGACUCUUGGCGCUCUCGAGGCACUCGGAGACUUCUUAAAAAGUAGCAAAAUUCCGUAUGCGGGCAUACGUAUUGGUCCUGUUGUCAAAAAGGAUGUCAUGAAAGCAUCAAUUAUGUUGGAGCACGAUAGCCAGUACGCGACAAUUCUGGCAUUCGACGUUAAGGUUGAACGUGACGCACAAGAACUAGCCGACUCUCUAGGUGUCAAAAUCUUUCAAGCUGACAUUAUUUAUCAUCUAUUCGAUAGAUUCAUCGAAUAUAAGGAUGAGCUACGAAUGCGGAAACGAGAAGAAAAUAAACAUAUAGCCGUCUUCCCGUGCAAACUAAAAAUCUUAUCGCAGUUUAUUUUCAAAACGAGAGAUCCUAUCAUUAUGGGUGUAAUGAUUGAAGAUGGCAUCAUUAAACAAGGAACACCAAUAUGCGUCCCCAGUAAAGACUUCAUUGACUUGGGCAUCGUUACGACCAUACAAAUCAACAACAAGGCGCUGGAGACUGCGCGCAAGGGUCAGGAGGUCUGCAUAAAAAUCGAGCCGAUACCCGGCGAGACGCCCAAGAUGUUCGGCCGGCACUUCGACGAGAAGGACAUGCUCAUCAGCAAGAUAAGUCGACAAAGCAUAGACGCAUGCAAGAACUAUUUUAGGGAAGAUCUUAUCAAAGCAGAUUGGCAACUGAUGGUGGAACUCAAGAAGCUCUUCCAGAUCCUUUAAUUUUGUAAUGAGAGCGCUGAAAAAAGCCCCUCAUCAACUCUCAUCAGCACGAGCGCAUUGGGAUAAAGUCGAAAACAACUUUUCUAUGCAUAUAACACAAGAAAUGCGUGUAUUUAAUCUAAUAAGGAUAUGUCAAUCUUUUCAAUUGACCACUUUUAUCAUGAUCCGCCUCACACGCGCGUAUAA